GCCAAUACACACGGCUUUAUUAUAAUUUGCCGUACGAUGACCGAGAUUUUUCGUAUACGAUUUCAAUUGGAUCAACUAUAUAGUGAAUAAAUGCAAUACGAUUGGUAUAGUUUUACAGCACCCGUACUUAAUCCAACUGACUGACGAUUAUUGAAUUUAGAUAGCAAGGACACGAAAAUACAUAGACAAAUACACGCCAAAUUUAUGGGCGAAAUGAAAUAAACAAAAAAAAAUGGCAAGCUUUCAAUUUCACAUCUUAAGCCAAACAACAGUGUAUCACCGAUAAAAACCGCUUACUAUCAAGUCUAUUUUUUUGUGUGUACAAAUCCCCAUAAAAGUAUAAGACUUUACAGCAUCAAAUUUAUGUGUAUCGAAAUAUGAGUAUUUUUUGCCGGUGAGAUCAAGGCAUCGUAAGGACAUGGGAUAACCAAGAAAAAGAAACAACAAAAAUGAAUAAUAACAAAUAACGGUCUUACGUGAUAUUAUUAGAGAAAAAAAAAUUGUUUGGCAAAAAUACACAUGACGUGAACUGCUAGAAUUGCUUAGCAAUAUAUGAGCUCUCAUUUUUUCUGUGCACAACUAGUAUUUUAUUUAUUGACGGAAAAAAGACACACAUUCUUCCCUUCAUCGCAGCCGUCGCAAUCACCCUCCGAAUUUGAUUGCAUUUAUACGAUUGACAAACGUAGUGCGUCUCAUCUUGGCUUAUUCCGUUUGGAUUUUAUUGGAUCACCUUUGAAAACAUAUUAUUAAUAUUACCGAAUAUUACAACGGCACAAAUAAAAAGAUUGCAAACGCAGAUGCACCAAAAAUAAAAACCAUUCGUUAUUGGAUGUUGUCAAGAAAAACAAAAAACAAAGACACGAUUGCUGCAAACAGAAAAAACAACUAGAAAAAGUUGUAAGUUUGUGAAACACAGUUUAUGCGAAGAGAACCAAAGAAAAAAAAAAGAUAUAUGAGUAAUGAUGAGCCACCAACACACACUUUUGUUUCAAACAGUGUUGAAAUAAUAUUUUCCCAUACAAUCAAGCCAAUAAAAUUCUUAGUGUAAAACUUUUCAGUCCUUUGAUAAUAACGAAAUAGUCCCAUGUGCGUAAAAUUGUGUGAAAAAAAAAACAAAACUCCAAAGACGACAAAUGUAUAAGACAAUUUUUUUCUUGCUUGGUCGCAUAGAUUGUCAAAGUUCUCCUCAUGUGUGAGCGUGAAUGUUUCUGUGAGUGUUUUAUUUGAAGAAAAUAAAAUUAAAUCAGAUUUGAUGUGAAUUACGUGCAAACAAUCAGAAAACGAGACAUUUGAGGACGCAUUGAAUGUUCUAAUGCUGUUGAAAUAAUUUAAUUUUUGUGGUUCAAUUGUAAGCGAAACUUAAUCAUAAAUUCAAUCAAAUGAAUUGACAUCGAGCGUGAAAAAUUGUUGAUCAUCGAUAUCUGUCUACAAAUAACAAAGAAAAUCAGCAUCCAAAUGGCGCAGAAAGAAAUUAGACGAAGUAGCAGUAACAGCAAACAGUUCAACACAUAAUCUACAUAGAUUUCGUUAACUGUGUACCAUUAACUAGGAUCGAGACGUGUUUUGUGCGCUACAAGCACAUCUGUCGGUGUGUAUGGUACUUGUCGCUUGACGGUCGAAAGCGAACAACAGCAAACCGAAUAAAAAAAAAAUCAAAAAAAGAAAACAAGCAGAGACUUGCGAUGUUACUCGUUGUACGCUUCCAAAGCAAUUGAAACAGUGCAAUCAGUAGCCAACUGAGCCCAUCUAACUUUUGUUUGCCACAGUGUUUCUGCCACUCGAGCUUUUUGAAUGAAUUAGAUUUGCGCGAACGAUAUAAAACUGCUUAAACAUCAACUGAUUUCGUGAAAGUUCGACAAGCAAUUUUAAUUGGAAAACAUUCAUCACAAACAGAGCGCCGAAUCGAUACGGAAUGCAGCAUCAUCGAGCAAAUGAAAUGAGAAUAAAAAUACGAUGAAAAACGUGCGAAAAAACUCAAUUGACGUGAAAAUAAAAACAACAUACAGAGAAAGAGAAAAAAUACAGUGUAAAAACUUCCACAAUUUACACCAUAUACAUUGAUGAGAAUUGAAAAAUACUUGACUUUAACAUUCACUCUCACAUUCCAUGUGAUAAAUUAUGUUGCGCCCACACUGCGUCAACCCUCUCACAAAUGUUCAACCAUUUAAAUUUAAUUAUCAUAUUGAAGAGUAAUAUAUAUUUAUUAAAAAAACGAAGUAUAUGUUUCGGUUUCGAUAAAGUUUAUUCUAUAAAUUUACAGAGUGAUAAAUCGUAAAUUGCGAUAAAACAGAACGAAGGACUAAUCUAUAAUAAAAAAAAAUAUAUAUUAUAAUAACCACAAACCAAUCAUAUAAAUUAUAACUAAAACAUGUGUUUUUUGGUGACCAUGUCGUUAUCAUCAUCGUCAUCAAUGCCGCUGCUAUCAACCAUCUUAUUAGUAUGCUGUAUCGGUGUAUCAAAUUCCUAUCUCCACCAACGUGGCAAAGAUGGUUACAACACAUUUGACGAUACAAGCACCGAUGUUCCGUCACAAAAUUCAAUUACGGCACCGAAAAUGAACGAACCGUAUUUCGACGAUAGCAUAACGAAUAAUGUGACCGCAUUGGUUGGUAAAUCGGCAUAUUUAAGCUGUAGAGUGCGCAAUUUGGGCAAUAAAACUGUUUCAUGGAUUCGGCAUAGAGAUUUGCACAUCCUUACAGUUGGUACGUAUACCUAUACAACAGAUCAACGAUUUCAGACAGCAUUUCAUCGUGAUCUAAACGAGUGGACGUUACAAAUCAAGUGGGCACAAAAACGUGAUGCUGGCUUAUACGAAGCACAAAUUUCGACGAUUCCAAUCAAAAGCUUUUCAAUUAGAUUGAAUAUUGUAGAUCCAAACGUUGAUAGCGUCGAUAAUUUAGAGAAUAUAUUGAAUUUGGCGUACAAUGAUCAGCAAAUCGAUGUCGAUGAUGAAAUAAAUAGCAUCCGUAACCAUAAGUGUUGCGAUGGUAUAUUCGCGGGAAAUAGUGGCUAUGAUCAGCCAUCGGCAACUAUUUUGGGGGGAUCCGACCUGUUUGUUGAUAAGGGAAGCACGAUAAAUUUGACGUGUACGAUUCGCUUUGGUCCCGAGCCACCCGGACACAUAUUUUGGUAUCAUGAAAACAAGGAAAUUGUUGCAGAGUCACCAAGGGGCGGCAUCGAUAUAAAACGAGUCUAUGGCGAAUGGACGACAUCAUAUUUGCUGAUCCGAAAUGCAAAUAUUGCUGAUAGUGGUGUUUAUAGAUGUGCACCAGCUGGUGGUAGCGAUACAAGUAUCAAAGUCCACGUUUUUCUGCAUGGUGAGCGACCGGAAGCAAUGCAGACGGGAACAUCAACAUAUUUUGCUGACAAAAAUUACAUAAUGCACACAUUGCUUGUGGCCACCAUCGUUAGCAUUUACAAUAUCUUUCGGGACUACUAUUCAAGCAUAAUAUUAAUUGAGCAUACGUCGAUUGACUAUAUCACAUGACAAGUAAAUCGAUUGAAUCGUCUACAACGAAUGAGCCACUCUCAAUGAAUUGUGCAAAAUAUAUAAUAAUUUAUCAGCGAUUCAGAACAUUCUCUAUUCAAAGUGAUACGCGCGCAUGCAAUGCAUUGAAGCGCGGACCAAAAUACGUUACCUAAAAAUAAUUUACAUUUUAAUGGCAUAAAUAUUUGGUGAACAUUUAUUGCAUUUCGUUACAAUGGAUUGUUACGGCAGUUUUGAAAAUUGAAUUCAGCACAAGUUUCGAAACGGAGUGGAUAUUAUUGGCAUUUAUAGGGAAAAUCAACCAAAAAAAAUAAUAUGUCUAUGCAUUUGCAAUUAAAGCAUAAAUGGCGUAUCCAAUGAAUAGCGAAAGAGAGAGAGAGAGAGAGAAGAAAUUUACGAAUUUCAUUUCAUAAUUGUUUUAUCAUAAUUCAUAGAAAUAUUACCAAAAUAUUUCCUAUACAGAUUUCGCAAUAUAUGGAAAUUAACCAUUUUCGAAAUCAUCAAUCAACCGCAAAUCCAUGACAUAAUUUGUUUUGGAUUCAAAAACUCAAUCAAUGUUUAUAUUAAAGUUCAAACCAAAAAAAAAAAACAGAUGAAUAAAAUACCCAAUCUAAAAUACUUUCGGUGUGUUAUACUAAAUGUUUGAUCGAAAAUCAUUCGAUUAAAAUAGCAUAAAAAGCAUCCCAUUAAAUUAUUUUCAUGGUUUUUAGGAAGAGUUUGUUAUCAAAUCAACAAGGAAAAUUAUCAGAACUAUAGAAUUACCAUUUGGUUUUGCCUUCGUUUGAAUUGUACAUAUUUAAAAAAAAAAGGUCGAAAGA